GCUCAUUGAGAGUCUGGCAGCGCCGGGCAACUGGGCCCAGGCUGAGCGCAGCGUCGGGUACGCACCGGGAGGGGACACGGCGCGGCGAGAACUGGGUCGCAGGUUCCGACCAGUCGGCCCCCAAACAGGCCCCUUGCCCCGAUUUCCGACUGGAGAGUUGAAGUGCUCUGUGUUCUGAGGGGGUCCGGAAGUUCGGACAUGGUGACUGAAGGAGGGUGACGUGGUCAGAUAAGGGGCCGAGGGCAAGGGGAAGAGGCCAAGAGUGCCGGCCGGCAUCGCGAACAGAGCUGGGAGGCGCGUGCAGCGCCAGCGGAGGAGGAAGAUCCCGGAGCCCACGGUCCUGCCAUGGAGCUGCGCUCGGAGCUGCCUAGCGUGCCCGGCGCGGCGACAGGGGCGGCGACAGCGACAGGGCCGCCUGUAGCGUCAGUGGCGUCGGUGGCCGCGGCCGCGGCCGCCGCCGCGUCUCUUCCGGUGAGUGUGGCCGGAGGUUUGCUGCGGGCGCCGCCGCUGCUGUUGCGGGCAGCAGAGAAGUACCCUCGGACCCCCAAGUGCGCGCGUUGCCGUAACCACGGCGUGGUGUCUGCGCUCAAGGGCCACAAGCGCUACUGUCGCUGGAAGGACUGCCUGUGCGCCAAGUGCACGCUCAUCGCCGAGCGCCAGCGCGUCAUGGCGGCCCAGGUGGCGUUGCGCAGGCAGCAGGCGCAGGAGGAGAACGAGGCGCGGGAGCUGCAACUUCUCUACGGCACUGCAGAGGGUCUGGCGCUGGCCGCUGCCAACGGCAUCAUCCCACCACGGCCCGCCUAUGAGGUCUUUGGCUCAGUGUGCGCCGCCGACGGCGGGGGGCCGGGAGCUGGAGCGCCCGCGGGGACCGGAGGUGGCGCCGCGGGUGCAGGGGGCGCAGAGGCCAAGUUGCAGAAGUUUGACCUGUUUCCCAAGACGCUGCUUCAGGCCGGCCGCCCAGGCAGCCCGCAGCCGCAGCCAGUGAAGCCCUUAUCGCCCGACGGCGCGGACUCGGGUCCCGGGACGUCAUCCCCGGAGGUGCGACCCGGCUCAGGUUCGGAGAACGGCGACGGCGAAUCCUUUUCGGGGUCGCCUCUGGCCCGGGCCUCCAAGGAGGCAGGUGGCAGCUGCCCGGGUAGCGCGGGCCCUGGUGGUGGCGGCGGAGGCGAGGAGGACAGCCCAGGCUCCGCCAGCCCUCUGGGCUCGGAAUCUGGUUCCGAGGCUGACAAAGAAGAGGCGGAGGCCGCGCCAGCUCCAGGGCUGGGCGGAGGCCCCGGUCCACGGCAGCGGACGCCGCUGGACAUCUUGACGCGCGUCUUCCCGGGCCACAGACGAGGCGUCCUGGAGCUGGUGUUGCAGGGCUGCGGCGGCGACGUGGUGCAGGCUAUCGAGCAGGUGCUGAACCACCACCGCGGAGGCCUGGCGGCUGGCCUGGGCCCCACUGUGUCCCCGGAUAAGGCUGCAGUGGGCGCGGCCGCAGCCGCGGACGACGCGUGGCCGGGCCGCGUCGACGCCGCGGCCGCCGGAGGCCCCGGUCUGCCCUCCCCACUGCAAGCGGGGCCCGCCGCACCCCCGCACCACAGACCCUUGCUGGCCGGCGCUAUGGCGCCCGGGGCGCUGGGCUCUCUGAGCAGUCGCUCGGCCUUCUCGCCACUGCAGCCCAAUGCCAGUCACUUCGGCGCUGAGGCGGGCGCCUACCCGCUGGGCGCGCCGCUGGGCCUCAGCCCGCUGCGCCUGGCCUACUCAGCGGCGGCGGCGCACAGCCGGGGCCUGGCCUUCAUGGCGCCCUACUCCACCGCGGGCCUGGUGCCCACGCUCGGUUUCCGCCCGCCCAUGGACUACGCUUUCAGCGAUCUCAUGCGCGACCGCUCGGCUGCUGCGGCCGCGGCUGUGCACAAGGAGCCGACCUAUGGAGGCGGCCUGUACGGGCCUAUGGUCAACGGCGCCCCGGAGAAGCAGUAGGGCGAGAGGCCCCAAGAACCGGCGGCCCCGAGCAUUAAUCCCGACCUUUUCCCCAGGCCGCCGGGCUCUCUUUGUCCGGCGCGCUCUCUGCGCCCUGACUGGCGUCCUCCCGCCCCGAGAUGGUUUUUCGGUUUUGUUUUAGAGGUGGGUGGUGAGUGUUGAGCUCCCGGUGCAGGUGUUCUCGGAAGGGGUGAGAGGUCUGGAUCUUCAUCGUGCCUUGGGCCACCUCCCCAAGGCUCAGCCCAUUUUUUCAAAAGGCCGGGAUUCCUGAGAAUUCCGAGGGCCGCUACCGUGCCGGCUCCUGCUGCUCGUUUAGCUACGCUCCUCCCGCCAGCCCGAGCUCUCAGUCCGAUGGCAGGAUAAUUGAGAGUCCCUUCUGUGUCUCCAGUCCCCCUUUAAUUUUUUUUUAAAAUAUACGCUCUAACAAAUAUAAAUUUAGGAUGCAUACAUCUCUUGGCACUGAGUCGAGUCUUUGGGACACACAUAUAUAUCGAUAUCAACUGUAAAAAAAAAAAAAAAAGGAAACAAGUUCUAAGGUGCACUUUCUUCGUUGAGGUAUUUGUCGCUCUCUUUGUUGCUUAUGCCGAAAAGCAUGGGUUUCCUUGGUGCAGUGUGAGUUUUUAUAUAUGUAUAAAUCUAUAUAUAAUCUAUACAUAUAUAUAUACAAGCCAGUGUAUAAUGUUAUAAAAUGAAAUUCUAAGUUAUUAAUUGUAAUCUGUAGGUGACCUCGGUAUUAACGUGAAAAACAUUCAAAAACAAGCAAAAAAAAAAGACAAAAUGGAAAAAAAUUAGACUAUUUGCGCAUUGUACUUACCAGGUUUUAUAGAUUAAAUAUAAAGUAAACUCGGGAGGAAUCCUGCCCAUCCGACCCUGCCUGCGGUCCUUCUCUCUCUACUGAGCGGUCAAGGUGCGCCCUGAAGCAGUAACAGAGCGACGCGUGACUGAGCCGAAGCGCCCGCUCGCAGGCCCAUCCUCCCGGGAUCGCCAAUCGCCCUGGUCGCGGGGCCCGCAGCGAGACGCUGCUGCAGAGAACUCACUUUGUGCUUUCCUUUGCAUAGGUAUGAACUAGAAAUAAAUGUUAUUUUCUAAGAAAA